AUGAGAGAAGAUACGCUUGAGAGGAUAUACGACAGACCGUAUGAGAUCUUUAGUUUAAGAAAGAGCAAUGGGGAGUUUUUUAAUAAGCUUGUCAAGUCGUUUAUAGACCCUUUGGCGAAGAAGUAUUCUGUGUUGGAUGAGAUAUAUGUAGAUGGGUUAGACUCAUCGCAGGUUUUUGGACAAACAAAAAUGGUUCUCGAUGGGGUAGGAGAGGAGUUGCUAGGGGUAAUGCUGGAGAUAAAUAGAGUGGUAGAAAAACCAGAAGAGGAAGAAGGGCAACUGGAAGAGGAAGAAGGGCAACUGGAAGACCUUGAAGAAGAGAAAGAAUCUGAACCAGAAGAAGAUGAACCGCACCAACAAUCCGAAGAAGAACUUGAAGAGGAAUCAGAAGAAAUCCCAGAAGAGCCAGAAUCGGAGACAGAAACAUUGACUGACCCUAUCCAGAAAGAUGCAUUUGGUUUGAAUGAUGGGUUUUUCGAUAUUGACCAAUUCAACAAACAAGUAUUGGCAAUGGAAAGGGAUAAUGGCGAUGACGAGAUAGACUACUUUGAUAGUUUGAGUGAAGACGAUGAGGAAGAGAUGGAUUACUACAAUGAUUUUUACGACAAGCCCGGGAAGUUCAAACCGGCCAAAGAGGAAAAAGAGUUUGAGGAGGAGGAUUAUGAUAAUGCAGUGAACUCGGCCAUGCUAGAUUUGUUUGCUGAAGAUGAGCAACCAGCAGAGAGCUUGUCGUCAUUUGAGAAACAACAAAAAUCGAUCCAAGCUGAGAUUGCCAAGUUGGAAGCUGAAUUGGUUGCAGAUAAGAAAUGGACAAUGAAGGGUGAGAUUACGUCUAAUGAGAGACCCCAAGAAUCUUUGUUGGAGGAGACCGAGAUUGCAUUUGACCGUACUGCCAAACCUGUUCCAGUAAUAACCGAGGAGUCGACCCAGACGUUGGAAGACCUUAUUCGUAAACGUAUUAAGGAGGACGAGUUUAAUGAUUUGCCCAGACGUAUAAUAACCGACAUUUCGAAAUUCCACAAAGCGCCCAAAGCUGAGGUUUCAGAGCAGAAAUCGUCCAAAUCAUUAGCUGAGUUGUAUGAGGAUGAGUAUAAUAAUGUUGAUGCGCAGCAGGAAUCGAUCAACGAAGAGGUGAAGAAACAGCAUGACGAGAUUAGCGAAUUGUUUACCAAGGUGACUCAUAAGCUUGAUGCAUUGUGCUCGGCGCACUUUAUUCCUAAACCGCAUCAGGCCAAGACCAUCGAUAUUAAGGUCAGUCCAGUGGUUAGCAUGGAAGAUGCACAGCCGUUGCAUGUAUCUAGUGAAGCGAGGUUGGCGCCACAAGAGAUAUAUAAGAUUGGUGAUGAUAAGGGUAAAGAAGUGCAGUUAAAGUCGGGGUUGUCGUAUUCGAAGGAUGAGUUGAGUCGUGACGAUAAACAGAGGUUGAGACGGGCCAAGAAGAGAAAGAAGGCCAAGGUGUUUAACGAUGCCAAGCGCCAGAAGAAGGAUAGUGUUGUGGAUACGUUGGCCAGUGCAAAGAAUGUUACGGUGAUUGGCCACAAGGGUGAGAUGAGAGAUGUUAGAGGUAAUCUUAAGAAGGAUGGGGGAGUGCAGAGCUCAAAUAGGUUUAAGUUGUAG